AGGGAGAGCAAAAUUGGAGUGUUUUUAUACAGAUUUUAAUUAAUUAAUCGGAUCCGGUGUAAUUUUUAAAUUAAAGUAUCGUGUAUUAUUUGAACAUGAAGAAUUCGACGAUGUCUGCACUUGAAAGUUGAAAAAAGCUCCGUACCUGAGAAACGAGCAGUGUUGUUCUCGUGAAAACAAUUGACUCUAAAAACACCAUUAGGAUGCAAUCUCAUUUAGCAGUAUUUCUCUAGUCAAAGGAAUGUGAUUGAUUGUUUAAUAUUUUAAUCGUCAUGAAUGCACCAGAAGUUAACAAAAGUGUACAAAAUUUGUACUCCGUAAGUGUUCGUAAAUUGGCAUGUGUCACGGUUGCGCUUCCAUUUUUCGCUCUGUUCGUAUGUUUCAUCACAGCGUAUAUUUUCCAGUUCGACGACGUUCACGAGACUCAUUGUCGAGUAUUUAAUGUAAUCCCUUCGAUAAGUGCAGUUACUGGAAUAACACCACAAACUUACCUAUGGCGUAUAAGCGUCGCUCUUCAUAUCGGACCUAGAAUCAUUGUUGCUCAUUUGUAUCGUAAUUAUUUUUCAUAUCUGUUAAGUCUUGAUACUGCUCCGACGAGUGUGUUUAAGCGGGUCUUCGUAUCGUCGUGUUUUUGGUUCAAUAUCGUUGAACUUUCUUCGUUAUGCGGAGUCACAUAUAUAUCAAAUCGAGAAAACUAUCCUAUACACGAAAAGUUGUUCAUCGUUUUUAUGGUAUGUUCGUUGAUGUUCAUGCUCACCAUGUCUCUGUCGUAUAAAAUGAUGCAUCCGACGAUGACGAAAGUACAAAAUAUAUCGUACAAAGUGAAAUUAUCUCUGUUGAUCACCUCUCUUUUGUCUACCGUUACUUUGAUAUUGUUUUUCAUGAAACAUCGAUUUUACUGUCACGAUUUAGCUUUCACCUGGUUUGCAUUUAGCGAGUAUGUAUUAGCGUCGUGUAACAUGGCAUUUCAUAUGACCGUAACAAUGGACUUCCCAGACGAACGUCUAAUGGUCGCUUCCACUUUUCAGUCCGCCAAAAAGCUUAAAAACGAAUUUUCAGAAGCUGAAUCAAGUAUCAAUAUCCUUUAAUGUUAUUUGCGCUGAUGCGAAAGAAUUCUAUACUCGUACUAGAAUUUCAAUACCUAUGUCUUCUUCGAUAACACCUUCCUGAAUAUCUAUUCGAUGACGUUUAGUUAUAACUACUAAGUUUUCCUUGCGUAUUUUUUAUGCAUUUAUUAGCGACCUUUUUCAUAAUCGUUAUUGAAAUUUGUAGUUUAGAGAUAUAUUUAUUGUAACAACGAUGUUCUCAAGAUCGAAAGUGUGAUUACAAUGCAACAUUCGAUUUGUUCUAAAAAUGACUUAUUGCUAAAGCUAAAUGAUCUAUGAUUUUCUACGAUCGAUCGCUUCGUAUAUAUUCUAUUUACACCGCUUAGAAUGGGGCUUCCUACAACAAUUUUUGUAUAUUAAUCAAACCUAGCGCCUUCCUUUUUUCUAAUAUUUGUUUUACUACUAUAUAAGAUUUUAUAUACGAUGAAAGCUGUGCGCAUUUCUUAGUUAAGACGUAUUUAAACGGCACUAUAUAGAGGCAGCAUUCGAACAACUGCGAGCUAAAUUUUCCGCGUUGGAUUCAUUAUCUUUCAAUCACGCGCUUCUUUUUACAGAUUUUUAAUUUACUUUGUAGUACCUAUAUAGGCGUAAUACGUUUAAUAGAAUAUAUACUGUAUCUUUUGUAGUUUAAUAAAAAAAAAAGAAAACCGUUUAAAUUCUCUUGUUAAAAAGGAAUUCUGUGAUAAAGAAUACUACUACGAUGAUGUUGAAACGUACGUAUAAGAUGUGACGUUAAUUUUUAAUCAAAUUUAUAAUAUACCUUAUAUACGAGCUAAUAUUUAGCGUUUGUGUGUAAAAAAAUAAUAAUUAUAUUAUUUUAACAAAGACCUCGGAAUAAAGUACGACUGUUUUGAAGUUUUCUAAGAGUAAAUAUCGCUGAACGGUUUUUAUUGUCGCUCUUCUUAUACUAUAUGUAGGAUAAUCGGUUGCGUAAUGUUUUUCUAUUUAUUAUUUUGUGUUUAACGAGUUUGAAUUCGCUGCUUGGUGAUUUUUUAACCGUUGCGUUUUGAGUAUUACUAUGACAGUAUAGUUGAUUUUAAAUUUAUACCUGUCCGUUUAUUAAUCUAGUCACUUGAACUUGUACUCAUUUCAUGUGAAUAAUAAUGCUGUACAUGUUGUAUUGUAGUUAUAGUGAAAUUCAUGAUUUUGUGUUAUGUAACUUAAUAAAAUUUGUUAAAUAUUAA